AUGGCGGAUCGGGAUCUAGAUGCCGAGAUCGCUAAAACUCAAGAGGAGAAACGGCAGAAGGAAGCAGAGCUCGCUUCUCUGAAAUUCGAUCGCCAUCUGUAUGGUGAUAACGACCGUGAUUCCUACUUGACUUCUAUCGCACCCAACGAUGAGGAGGAUCCGAAUCUGGACACCACUGGGUCUCUUGUGGCUCAGCGGCUUGCGUCCUACACCGCUCCUAGGUCGAUUCUCAACGACGUGGCUCGCCCUCACAGCGAAGAUGACGUUGGGGGAUUCAAGCCUAGGGAGACUAUCGCUGAGCGCGAGGGUGAAUAUAGGAACAGGAGACUCAAUCGAGUUCUCUCUCCGGAAAGAGUUGAUCCGUUUGCUAUGGGCGAUAAGACGCCGGAUCCGAGUGUUCGGACUUACAAUGACCACAUGAGGGAGACGGCUACUAAGAGGGAGUUGGAGGAAACUAAGAGACUCAUUGGUCAGAAAUUGAAAGAUGAAGAAGAAGAUGCGAAGAAACAGAAGGAUUCGGCUCCUCUUCCUUCAUCCUCCAAGAGAAGGAACAGGUGGGGAGAAGCCGGUGAUGAUGUUGCCGCCGCAAAGAAAGCUAAAGCAUCAACUUCGGAUUGGGAUAUGCCUGAUGUAGCUCCAGGGAGUGGACGAUGGGAAGCAACUCCAGGGAGAGUCUCUGAUGCCACACCAUCUGUUGGACGAAGGAACAGGUGGGACGAGACUCCUACUCCAGGCCGUGUGACUGAUUCCGAUGCAACACCAGGCGGUGGUGGUGUCACCCCCGGGUCAACUCCUUCAGGUAAUACUUGGGACGCGACUCCGAAAGGGCUGGCAACGCCUACCCCAAAGCGUCAACGUUCAAGGUGGGACGAGACACCAGCCACUAUGGGAAGUGCUACACCGGGUGGAGCGACUCCUGCAGCAUUCUACACGCCUGGUGUCACUCCCCUCGGUGGGGAUGGUUUGCUUACUCCAACUCCGGGUCAGCUCAAUCUGAAUGGUGCUGGUAUGACGGCCGAGCAGUACAACAUGGCAAGGUGGGAGAAGGAUAUUGAAGAGAGAAACAGACCAUUGUCUGAUGAAGAGCUUGACGCCAUGUUUCCUCUAGAGGGAUACAAGGUUUUGGAACCGCCUGCUUCUUAUGUUCCCAUCAGAACCCCUGCGAGGAAACUAAUGGCAACCCCGACACCGUAUGCAACUCCUGGCUACAAUAUUCCUGAGGAAAACCGUGGGCAGCAGUAUGAUGUGCCCCCGGAACUUCCUGGUGGGUUGCCGCAUAUGAAACCAGAGGACUAUCAGUAUUUCGGAGCGCUAUUGAAUGAAGAGAACGAAGAAGAGCUGUCUCCUGAUGAGCAGAAAGAACGCAAGAUAAUGAAGUUGUUGUUGAAGGUUAAAAAUGGAACGCCUGCCCAGAGGAAAACAGCUCUAAGGCAGCUUACUGAUAAGGCUCGUGAGCUUGGUGCUGGUCCUUUGUUUAAUAAGAUUUUGCCACUGCUCAUGCAACACACUUUGGAGGAUCAAGAGAGGCAUCUUUUGGUCAAAGUUAUUGAGAGAAUUCUGUACAGGCUUGAUGAGCUGGUAAGGCCUUUUGUCCACAAAGUUCUUGUUGUUAUAGAGCCACUGUUGAUUGAUGAAGAUUACUAUGCUCGUGUAGAAGGUAGAGAGAUUAUUUCUAACCUUAGCAAAGCAGCUGGUUUAGCCACUAUGAUUGCAGCUAUGCGUCCUGAUAUUGACAACGCGGAUGAAUAUGUGAGGAACACAACAGCGAGGGCUUUCAGUGUGGUGGCUUCAGCUCUUGGUAUCCCUGCACUCUUGCCGUUCCUUAAGGCCGUGUGCCAGAGUAAGAAAUCGUGGCAGGCACGGCACACUGGAAUUAAAAUUGUUCAGCAGAUUGCCAUCCUAAUUGGCUGUGCCGUCCUUCCCUACUUGAGGUCUCUUGUAGAAAUUAUCGAACAUGGACUCAGUGAUGAAAACCAGAAGGUUAGGACUAUUACCGCCUUGUCACUGGCUGCUCUUGCCGAGGCUGCUGCUCCUUAUGGUAUUGAGAGCUUUGAUUCUGUUCUGAAGCCUUUGUGGAAAGGGAUUAGGUCUCACCGUGGUAAAGUGUUGGCUGCGUUCUUGAAGGCGAUUGGUUUCAUCAUCCCCUUGAUGGAUUCGAUAUAUGCGAGCUACUACACUAAAGAAGUGAUGGUUGUCUUGAUUCGUGAGUUCCAGUCACCUGAUGAAGAAAUGAAGAAGAUUGUCCUCAAGGUGGUGAAACAGUGUGUAAGUACAGAGGGUGUCGAAGCCGAUUACAUUCGCGUCCAUAUCCUGCCAGACUUUUUCAAGCACUUCUGGGUUAAGAGAAUGGCCCUGGAGAAGAGAAACUAUAAGCAGCUUGUUGAAACUACUGUGGAGAUUGCAAACAAGGUUGGUGUUGCAGAUAUCGUGGGGAAACUUGCUGGAGAGGGUCUUAAAGAGGAUAGUGAACCAUAUCGACGUAUGGUUAUGGAAACCAUUGACAAGGUUGUCACAAACCUAGGGGCAUCUGAUAUUGAUUUGAGAUUGGAGGAACUUCUCAUAGAUGGGAUUCUUUAUGCUUUCCAAGAACAGACUAAUGACGAUGCCAAUGUGAUGCUUAAUGGUUUCGGUGCAGUAGUGAAUGCUCUUGGUCAACGAGUGAAGCCUUACCUUCCCCAGAUUUGUGGUACCAUCAAGUGGCGACUAAACAACAAGAGCGCAAAGGUAAGACAGCAAGCCGCUGAUCUUAUUUCUAGAAUUGCUGUUGUGAUGAAGCAGUGUGGAGAAGAGCAGUUGAUGGGGCAUCUUGGUGUCGUCUUGUACGAGUAUCUUGGAGAAGAGUACCCAGAAGUCUUGGGAUCAAUUCUUGGAGCUCUUAAAGCUAUCGUCAACGUGAUUGGUAUGACAAAGAUGACUCCUCCUAUUAAGGAUCUGCUACCAAGACUGACUCCGAUUUUGAAGAACAGGCACGAGAAAGUGCAAGAGAAUUGUAUCGACCUUGUUGGUAGGAUUGCUGAUCGCGGUGCGGAGUUUGUUCCGGCCAGAGAAUGGAUGAGAAUCUGUUUUGAGCUUCUCGAAAUGCUCAAGGCUCACAAGAAAGGUAUUCGUCGUGCCACUGUCAACACUUUUGGGUACAUAGCGAAAGCAAUUGGACCACAAGACGUUCUAGCCACGUUACUGAACAAUCUCAAAGUCCAAGAACGUCAGAACCGUGUUUGCACCACAGUCGCAAUUGCCAUUGUCGCUGAAACAUGCUCUCCCUUCACCGUCUUGCCUGCUUUGAUAAACGAGUACCGUGUCCCAGAGCUCAACGUCCAAAACGGUGUAUUGAAAUCGCUCUCUUUCCUCUUCGAGUACAUUGGAGAAAUGGGCAAGGAUUACAUAUACGCAGUCACGCCGUUGCUGGAAGAUGCGCUCAUGGACAGAGAUCUGGUUCACAGACAAACCGCUGCUUCAGCGGUGAAACACAUGGCACUGGGUGUAGCUGGUUUGGGUUGCGAAGACGCUCUGGUUCACUUGCUAAACUAUAUCUGGCCCAACAUUUUCGAAACAUCUCCGCACGUGAUCAACGCUGUGAUGGAAGCGAUUGAAGGGAUGAGAGUUGCGUUAGGACCAGCGGUGAUUCUGAACUACUGUCUGCAGGGUUUGUUUCAUCCGGCUCGCAAGGUCCGUGAAGUGUAUUGGAAGAUUUACAACUCGCUAUACAUUGGUGCUCAGGACACGCUUGUUGCUGCAUACCCGCUCCUGGAGGAUGAGCAGAACAAUGUCUUUAGCCGGCCAGAGUUGACCAUGUUUGUGUGA